GCCUCUCAGCUGUUUCUACAAAAUUCUUCAAAACAUCCAACAUUGCACAUUUUGUUCUCUGCAGACUUAGACAGAAGGUCUGACGCCAACAUGCUCUUGCUUCUCUUCUUGUUUGGCCUGGCUCUGGGUGCCGAGUCCCCUACAGCUAAAGUGGAAGUGAAUCUACAGGUUGGAAACUGUCCCACGUUCUGGUACAGCUUCAAUGGUCGUUGCUACAAGUACGUCUCCUCACAUUUGAACUGGGCUGAUGCAGAACUACACUGUGUGUCAGAGGGAGCCAACCUGGUGUCUAUCCACAGUCAGGAGGAACAGACGUUUGUCAAAGACCUAGUCAAGAACUUCGACCCUAAUGAAGGUUGGACCUGGAUUGGACUCAGUGACACCCAUAAGGAAGGAAGUUGGAUGUGGUCUGAUGGAUCUGCAGUCGACUUUACCUUCUGGGCACCACAAGAGCCAAACAACCAGGGUGGAAAUGAAAACUGUGCCCACCUCAACUUCGGCAGCGACUUUAAAUGGAACGACAGACCCUGUGAUUCAACUUACACUUCUGUUUGUGAAAAACACAUAGCUUGUACUUAACAAGUGAAAUGGUUUCAAAUUUCUGAUUCAGUCAGGUCACUGUUCACCUGUUGGUCUGAGGACAUGCAUUAAGCCUCUACAAUAAAGAUACAAAUGUGCACUUCUA